GCCGGAAGGGGAGGUGGACGGGCGGCACGUGGCCUGAGGCGAGGGGGCUGCGCCGGUGAGGGCCGCAGGACCGGGAGUCGGGUAGCGACCGUGAGGGAUUUAGAUGUCUCAAUGGAUACGUGGAACUUCUAUACUUGCCUGGUGUCCUUAUGGCUGCAUAGACUUUACAUCUAUUCUGCUGUUGCUUUUGGGAUCAGCAUUUGGAUUGUCAUUCAGUUCACCACCACCAAAACCAAAAAGAAGGGUGAAAAAUCCAACGGAAAUCCUGCUUCUUUUGAAGGAAUAGAAGACAAAGUAGUAAAUGGAUAUGCCACCCUGCAGGCAAAGGAGGUCUAUGUUGCUGGGGUAAAGAUUUUCUAUGGGUCUCAGACUGGCACAGCAAAGAGAUUUGCCAAAGGUCUGGCUGAAGCAGUUAUUUCCCUUAAUUUGCCUGUGGAAGUCAUUAGCAUGGGAGACUAUGAUCCAGAUGAUUGUUUAUCAGAGGAGACAACCAGCAGGAACAUUUGUGUGUUCUUGGUAGCUACAUACACAGAUGGACAGCCAACCGAGAGUGCAGCAUGGUUCUGCAAGUGGUUAGAAGAGGCUGCGAAUGACUUCCGCUUUGGGAAAACAUAUCUGAAAGGCCUGAGAUAUGCUGUGUUUGGCUUGGGAAACUCAGUUUAUGUUGAUCAUUACAACACAGUUGGAAGAAAUAUUGACAGGUGGCUGUGGAUGCUCAGUGCCAGCCGUAUCAUGACUCGUGCUGAGGGGGACUGCAAUGUGGCACAGAGCAAGCAUGGCAGCAUUGAGGCCGACUUUGAAGCCUGGAAAGCCAAGUUCCUCAGUCGGCUCCAGGCACUCUGCAGAGGGGAAAAGAAGCCCUGCAGUGGGAAGUGCAAGAAAGGGAAGUGCAAAUCUCCGGGGAAGCAGAGCAAGGAUUGCUCAGAUCAUGAACAUGGGGCAUCAGAAUAUGAGAAUACUGAGGCAGAGGAGUUGUUUGAAACCAGUAGCGAUGAGGAGGCUGAUGGUGAGGAAGCUGGAGGCACAAAUUCAGUCAUUGAUGUUGAAGAUCUUGGCAGUAUCAUGAGCCACAUGAAGAAAGCAAAGAGAGAACGUGAGCUUGAGGAAGGAGAUACUGGAACGAGCUUGACUCACAAGAAUGCUGGGAGGAAGGAGGAAGGUGAAAAGAGGGAGAUGAUAACCCCGGCUCUGAGAGAAGCGCUCACAAAACAAGGUUACAAACUGAUUGGAAGUCAUUCUGGGGUGAAGCUCUGCCGAUGGACAAAGUCGAUGCUUCGAGGCCGAGGAGGCUGCUAUAAACACACGUUUUAUGGAAUUGAGAGCCACCGCUGCAUGGAGGCCACGCCGAGCCUGGCUUGCGCAAACAAAUGCGUCUUUUGCUGGAGACAUCAUACAAAUCCAGUGGGCACAGAGUGGCGAUGGAAGAUGGACCAACCUGAAAUGAUCUUGCAGGAGGCUAUUGAGAACCAUCAGAAUAUGAUCAAGCAAUUCAAAGGCGUGUCAGGAGUAAAAGCAGAUCGCUUUGAGGAAGCAAUGACAGCAAAGCACUGUGCACUGUCACUAGUGGGAGAGCCCAUCAUGUACCCGGAGAUCAACCAAUUUGUGAAGCUCCUGCACCAGCACAGCAUCUCUAGUUUCCUGGUUACAAAUGCACAGUUCCCAGAUGAGAUUAGGAACCUUGGGCCAGUAACGCAGCUGUAUGUCAGCGUGGAUGCCAGCACCAAAGAGAGCCUGAAGAGAAUUGAUCGACCCCUCUUCAAGGAUUUCUGGCAGAGGUUUUUAGACAGUUUAAAAGCCUUGUCUGAAAAGCAACAGCGUACUGUUUAUAGGCUAACACUGGUGAAAGCUUGGAAUGUGGAUGAACUCAAAGCCUAUGCUGAUCUGAUAUCCCUCGGUAAACCAGACUUCAUCGAGGUCAAGGGUGUGACGUACUGCGGUGAAAGCUCAGCCAGCAACCUCACCAUGGCCAACGUCCCCUGGCACGAGGAGGUGGUGCGCUUCGUCCAGGAGCUGGCCGACCUCAUCCCCGAUUAUGAAAUCGCAUGUGAGCACGAACACUCAAACUGUCUCCUGAUAGCUCACAAAAAGUUCAAGAUCAAUGGCGAGUGGUGGACAUGGAUCGACUAUGACCGCUUCCAGGAGCUGGUGCGAGAGCACGAGAGGAGCAGCAGGUCCAAGACUUUCACAGCGGCCGAUUAUGCAGCGAGAACUCCUUGCUGGGCGCUGUUUGGGUCCAGAGAAAGGGGAUUCGAUCCCUUGGAUGUAAGAUACCAGCGGAAGAACAAAGCGAGAGACAUCUCUGGGUGCUGAGGUUAGGUUGGGGCUCGCCUAACUGUGGGCUGGCUGGCUGCUGACUUUUGUUCUCCAUUUCUAGUCUAACACUGAUUUUUUUAAUCUAUUCACCUAGAUUUUUCUGAUUUUUAUAUUGAGAAGGAGGGUAAAGCCUUCAUUUAACCCUUUCCUCUUCUUAGGGCUUAUUGGGUGAAAAUAUUUAUAAUGCUCUCCAGCUCAAGAUAAAUCACAAAUGGUGCAUGCUAGCAAUUUAUUGUCUCUGGCAGCAUGAUGAGAGAGGCAGUAGCUGCGGUCUCCAUAGCAGAGAGUGUUUGGAGUUGGAUGUGGAGGAGUAGCAUUCAUUUGAAUUCUGUGCCCUGCUGCGAGGAGAGCCUGGCACGUGCUGGCACGCAACUCAGCAGCAAAACAUUCUGCAUCCGUAAGUGCCAAGGGGAUUUCAACGCCACAGGCUGGUUGGAUCUGUGCAGGUGGGACUGCAGAUGGAUCUGGAUCUAAAAGCCUGAGCCCUGCUGGAAGUAUCAUUGUACAGCCAGUAACAAAGAUUUAUGUAUUUUAAACACUGGUGCCAAUUCCUAUAAAGACCCUGUCCCAUCCCCAAGAAGCUGAAGCUUGGGAAUGGUGUAAGUAACAGCACCCCUAUUAAUAUCAUCUGGUAUAUACAACUUCUAGUAUCUCUCCAAAUAUCUUCCAGCUUCAGGGGUUUGGCAAUGAAUAUUUUCCGAGUAGUUUUAUCCCACUCCCCCAGCAGCCCAAAACAACAUACAUUAUUCUUCAAAGUCCUGUUAGGCUCCUGCUGUGUGUGUCCAGUGUCCUGCUGAUGGUAAGGAUGUGCUGUGGGGAGCCAGCAGGCUUGGGUGUCAGUGGAUGGCUUCCUUCGCUCCACCCAGGCAAGUCAACAGUGGUGCUGCUGGUUUGGCUGGAGGCAGUAAUCCGAUGUAAAUGAAAACUGAAUCUGGUUGAGAUCUCUUGUGUCAAGAAACCAAGUCUUUUAGUUUGGAGAGGAGACAUCUAGGUGUGAGGCCCAGUGAUGUGUCCCUGGGCAUUGCUCUCAGAGACCCUGGGCUAUGCCUGGCACUCUGGAUGUACUGCAGUCUGGCUGGAAAACUGCAUUUAAAUGAGAGGAGGGUGGGUUGUUUUCUGUUGGGGGAAAAUCCCCAGUUUCACAUGCCAAUGACCUUUCCCUUUCUGUUUAUGCAACAUCUGUGUUGACUGCAGUCCCCGAUGACUUGCAAAGGAUCAGUCUGCAAACACCCAGGGCAGACCCCUGAUGUCUGGCUGUGCCUUCAGUUGCCAAAUGUCUGAACUAGGCUACAAUGCUACCGCUUCCCGGCUAGCCUCCCAUGCAUCUGCUGAUGGCUUCCACCCUUUGGCAGCCCCCAAGGCACGGGGCAGUGCUGGCCGCUCUCCUCCCUUCUUCCCUCCAUGUUCCCAGCCAGCCUUUUGGGGUGAAUGGGCUGCGGUGUUGGAGGGCAGUGAGGCUCCUCAGUUUCCUCCAUCUGCUGCAUUGUGGCUUGACCUGCUCCAGCUCAAGCCAUUCAGCAGAGGAGGCCGAUUGAACCAGCUGCAGAAAUAGCUUUAAUUUAGACCCAGAGGUGUCAGCUGGUGGAGAGAAGAAAACUCAAUCAUGCUUAAGUGGUUUUGUUUUCCUGUUGAACUCCAGGAGCACAGAUCAGAGGUGUUCACAGUGCUCCCACCUUAAAGGUGAGGUCCAUAAGCCUGCAAUUCCCAGCACCCACGGCGCUGUAGAUGGUGAGCGUUCCUGAGAUUGUGAUUUUAUUUCUUUUUAAAAGAAUCAUAUUUCUUAAGCUGUAAAAAGUGUUUUUAAAGAAGAAAGAAAAUAAAGUAAUUUUCCCUAGAGCACCUUUGGUGUGUCACUGCUGUACAAGACUUUGUAAAGAGGGGAUGCUAAAGGGAUUUUAAGGAGAUACUCUGCAACAUUUGUGCUUUCUAUCUUCUCUCUUUCUUAAUAGCAUGUGGAGUGGAAGGGAGGGCAUCUGUGUCCAUGGAUGAUGGAGAGGGCGUGGCUGAUGGGAGGCUGCUCUAAUGGGUCAGUCACCCGGCUCCCCUCCCCAAAGUGCUGAAUGGAGGUUGGGGGUGGUGAGAAGUUACCAUGCUUCCUCAGGCCAAUGCCAAGCAGGACACAGGUGGCACCAGCAAGCCCUGGGGAGGGACAGGACAUUUUCAAGUCAUCUGGCCAUCUUCCUACAACAGAAACCUGGCACGGUAACGUUACUGCUUUGUGUGCAUUGCAUCACCGAAGUCCAGCUGUGGGACUCUCAACCCCAAGGUGUCCACACUGCGUGAUUGCAUCUGGCUGGAGGCUGAGCUCAGUGUACCAAGUGUCCCAGCCAGGCUGGUGAGACGCUAUGCCUAGGCCUCAUGUGUCAUGGCUGAUCUCAAAAGCUGUCGUUGGGAUGAGCCAGGACAUGGUCAUGGUGAGAUCUGAUCUGGGCUGCUAGUGCUGCUUCCUAGCUAAGACGUCUCUAUGUGCUUCAUCCUUUACAGCCCAUAUAUGGGAGCUGGCGAGUACCCAGCUCAGCUGGGAGGGCUCCUGUUUGUUGCCUUCUUCCACCAGAAAAUGUUUUUUUAUGUUCUUAGUGAUACUUUCUGUUGUUCAGUGAACGGUGGAGGAAAGACAUGGAUUCAUUAAGGGCAUUGAAAGCUCUGGGUGAGGAUCUUGUUGUGUUUGGUUCAGCAGUGGGCACCUGUCUUCAACCAAGGUCUCCAAAAUGACUUUUUUCUUCCUUUCCUGACCAUAUUUUCAAAAUAGGGAUUUGGUUUCCUUAAGUACCUGGCUAGAGAAAGGAUGCUCUCCUUUCCCCUUGUGGAGAAGGAUUUGUUGUGUUCCCACCGUGGCUUCACCAGGGGCAAUCCCAUCCUCUGCUCAGUUGCUCCCCUGUUCUCUCAGUCAUGUUUGACACCAUUUAACUCCCAUCUGGGCUUUGGGGUGAAGCAGAGGGGUUAGCAGCAGAGGAAAGCCCAGGUGCUACAUGCCAAAAGAUUUGAAGCUGUUAACAGGAAAAAAAAUACAUUUACUAGUGACACCUGUUCUCUGACUCCUGUUUCUGAUGGGAGGGAUGCUGUGUGGAAAAGGUGACUUCUCAGAAAUUCCCAGUGUUUGACCACAUUUUAGUUAAAAACUGUUGCGUUCUGGGCUUAUUUUGCAGAACUAAUGCAGUUUCAGUAAAAACAUCGGGGGUGAGAUGCAGCUAUGUGAACACAGAUGUUUAGGAGGUGCAGAGACCUCUCCAGCCACCAGUUCUGCUCUGCAAAACUCUUGGAAGAUCUGGCUCACAUCUGCCAGCCCUGGCAGUUGUCCCAGGGCAUCUCCCAAACCACUAGAUGUGUUGUUUAGGUAGUGGUCUUCCCUGUUUCCUGAUCAGCUGUGGGAUUACUGUCAUCCUUGUUCCUCUGUGUGACCUCUUGUAAAUGUGGAGGAUGGGGGCACCUUCCUGUAGCCAAGUCCUAGGGAAGGGAAGUUCUUCAUGCCAUAAGAAAUAAAGGUCUGUAAGUGUU